UCAAUGAAGAAUCGAAUGAUAAUAAUGUACGAAUAAUAAAAUCAAAACAACGAUAUCGAUGGCAACAAAAUUCAAGUGGUGUUUGUAAUAAUAAUAGUCGUAGUAGUUGUAGUAUGAUGACAAAACAUGAUAAUAAUACAGUGAAUCAACGAGAAAAGACAAAUCUUUCAUUUCGUUUCAAAAUAUUGAACAUUCAUGAUAAUGUUAUGGAUGAUGAUAAUGAUGAACAACAACAGCAACAAUCAAAACGACAACAAAAUCUUAAACUUUGUUUAAAUCGUUCAAUAUUGAAAGUUAUUCCAAAAACAACAACAGAAUCAUCAUUGAACAAUAACAAAAUGAUGGAUAUGUUCAACGAUAAUAAUGUGAAUGAUUCUAUAUUGAAUCAGAAUCAACAACAAUCAUCAACAUCAUGUUUUUCAAAAAUUUGUUGCCAAAAUCAUCAUCGAGAACAACAAAUCAUACAAAAUUGUUGUGUUUGUUGUUGUCAAAAUAUAAAACUAACAACAUCUCACAAUCAUCAUAGUUGUUGUUGUCGGUCAUUGAUUUCGGAUGUUGAUGUUAAUGGACAACCACAGCAAACAUUAAUGACGACGACAACAGAUUCAAAGAUCAAUGCCACAGUGUUCAAAUGUAAUAAUAUCGAUGUUGAUGAUGAUGGUGACAUCGUUGCAAACAACAUUAUUCCAAUAUUGAAAACUUCAUUAAUUAAUGAAAAACAAUUAUCAACAACAACAACAACAAAUAUUGAUCAACAUCGGUCAAUGUCAUCAUCAUCAUCACCAUUGUUUUUGAAUGAUGAAAUUCUUGAUUUAAAACAUUUAUCAACAACAACAAUAUUGAAUAAUGAUGUAAUGACUGAAUUGGAUAAUUGUCAACAACCGCAAUCAAUGAAUGUCAUUAACCCAUCAAACACUAUUACUACUACUGCUACUAAUACGAUAGCAAUAAAUAAUGAACAAAAUGCAAAUGAUCUGAAUUUGUCCAAAAAUUUUACAACAAAAAUUAAUAAUGAAAAUUUUAAAACAAUUAAAUUAGCAAUAAGACGACGACGAUCUCAACAAAUGAAAUUGCCAUCCGUAACAGCAACAACCACUCCAACAACGACAACAACCAUUGAAAGAAAACAAAAUAAUUUGUCGAAUUUUUUACAAAAUAAACAAUCAUUAAUCAAAGAAAAUGGAAAUUCUUUGAUUAUUGAUGGUAAUAGCCAUCAACGUCCACAACAUUAUCAUCAACAACAUCGAUAUCGACGACAGCGACAUAAAACUCGUGGAAAAAAUAUUGAAUUGAUGAUGAUGAAGACGGAUAAUGAAAAAACAUCAUCAACAUCGACAACAACAACAAUAACAACUGUUGAUAUGAAUGAUUUUGAUAUACUCAAAGUUCUUGGAACUGGUGCUUAUGGAAAGGUAUUUUUAGUAAGAAAAAUUAGCGGUCCAGAUAAUGGAAAAUUAUAUGCAAUGAAAGUAUUGAAAAAAUCAUCUGUAAUGCAAAAACAGAAAACAUUGGAACAUACACGUACUGAACGUUUAGUGUUGGAAGUAGUACGAAAUCGACCAUUUUUUGUAUCAUUACAUUAUGCAUUUCAAACGGCCACUAAAUUACAUCUUAUUCUUGAUUAUGUUAAUGGUGGUGAAUUAUUUACACAUUUAUAUCAACGUGAUUAUUUUACCGAAGAUGCUGUACGUAUUUAUGCAGCCGAAUUAGUAUUAGCAUUGGAAAAUUUACAUAAGCUUGGCAUUAUUUAUCGUGAUAUAAAAUUAGAAAACAUUCUAUUAGAUCAUGAUGGACAUAUCGUAUUGGCCGAUUUUGGUCUUUGUAAACAAUUUCUACCUCAUGAAACUGAAAAACGUACACAUUCAUUUUGUGGAACAAUUGAAUAUAUGGCACCGGAAAUUGUUGGUGGUAAUGGACAUGAUUUUAGUGUUGAUUGGUGGUCAUUUGGUGUUUUAAUCUAUGAACUACUUACUGGUGCUUCACCAUUCACUGUCGAUGGUGAACGUAAUACACAACAAGAGAUCUCGAAAAGAAUUCUACGUUCACAACCACCGAUACCAGGCCAUUUAUCCGCUGAAGUUCGUGAUCUAUUACAAGUGAUUCUAGUUAAAGAUCCGGAUAGAAGAUUAGGUGGUGGAUGUCGUGAUGCCGAUGAAAUUAAACGGCAUCCAUUUUUUCUAUCAAUCGAUUGGAAAGCAUUAGCCGAGCGACGUUUACCCGCGCCAUUUCGUCCAAAUAUUCGUGAUGAAUUAGAUACAAGUAAUUUUGCCGAAGAAUUCACACGUCUUGUACCAAAUGUAUCAUUAUUGAUGGGUAAUGAUCCACCAUCUUCAACAGGACAGAAUAAACACCAACAACCUGUUGCCGAUUCGAAUAAUAAUUGUGAUCCUAAUAGCGAUGAUGAAGAUGAUCCAUUUGAUGAUUAUUCUUAUGUAGCACCAUCAUUAGUCAUUGAUCAAUCACCAACGUCAUCAUUAUCAUCGACUCGUCCACCGAUCCAUCGAUCAUCUCGAUCAUAUCACCAACCAAAACAACAAAUACAAACACAUCGUGUUCAUAGGCCCGAUAUUUGGAAACUAGUCAAUGAAUGUUCCGACAAUCAAAAUGUAUCGAAAACAAUAAAUCAUCAAUUCUUUGAUCAUUAUGAAUUGGUUGGGCCAGGACGACGUAAACAACCAUCAACAUCGAUGAAUGAACAAUAUCCGGAUUUAGGAUGGCUUGGUGAUGGUAGCUAUUCAAUAUGUCAUCGUUGUCGUCACCGUAAAACUGGUGAACAUUUUGCUGUAAAAAUUGUAUCUCGUCAUUGGCGUCGUGAUUCAGAAACUGGAUUAUCAUAUGAUGCUGCAUUAAAUGAACGAUCAUUAUUAAAUGCUUGUCAGGGACAUCGAAAUAUUGUACAAUUGAAUGAAGUAUUUCAAGAUGACAAAUAUAUGUUUAUUGUUUUAGAAUUAUUACCGGGUGGUGAACUAUUAUCACGUAUUCGUCAAUCAACAAAUCGUCGUUUUAGUGAACGUCAAGCAUGGCUAGUAUUUCGUCAACUUGUUUCAGCUGUACAAUAUCUACAUUCCCUUGGCAUUGUUCAUCGUGAUCUAAAACCAGAGAAUGUCCUUUUCAAAGAUACAACCACCGAAGAUUUUAAUGAUGAUGAUCAAGCUGAAAUUAAAUUGGUUGAUUUUGGUUUUGCUCGUUUUAUGCCAUCAUCUGGUUAUCGAAUGACAACACCGUGUUGUACAUUAAAUUAUGCUGCACCAGAGGUUCUUUUUCAGGCUGUGAUACAAUCUCAAUCAAGUUCAAUAAUUACAUCGAAUCGAUCAGCUAUCGAUUCAUGGACAACUACUCGCGGAUCGUUUGCUAAUCAUUUAUUUCGUGAUGGAUAUGAUAAUAGCUGUGAUCUUUGGAGUCUUGGUGCUGUUCUUUACACAAUGCUCACUGGUCGUGUACCAUUUCAACAAUCAUAUUAUCAUUAUCAACAGCAACGAGAAUCUUCAUGUCCGACGAAUUCAAAAAAAUCUAUUGCUGUCAAUAAUUAUGCUUCAUAUAUUCUGGAACGAAUACUUUCUGGACAAGAAUUGAAUCAUGAUACAAUGUGGAUUAAUAGUCAGGUAAAAAUAUCUGCUCAAUGUAAAUCUGUGAUCAAUGGUCUAUUGACAAUCAAUCCAAAACAACGUUUGACUAUGCAACAAUUAUUGAAGCAUCCAUGGAUUAAUGAAAUGAUUAUAAUGGAUCCAGAUUUAACAUGUAAAUUCCCGAUAAAUGAUGAAGAAACUUUGCAAUCAUCACGUACAAUGACCAAACAAUCAUCAAUUUCUCAUCAAUCAAGUUUUUCAUCAUCAUCAUCAAAACAUGUCAGUAGUGAAUCAAUGGAAACAUCAACUAUGCCAUCGUUACAACAACAAUUGAUUAAUCACACAAAUCUUAUUGAACAAAGAUCACAAGGAUUAAAAAUGAAAUUCAAAAAGAAAAAAACGACAACAACAACUAUUUCAAGUUCAUCAGGCUCAAUAAACACAAACGAAUCGAAUAGUAUUAUUUCUACGCAAAAAACUAAUGAUAAUGAUGAUGAUGGCAAUGAAUCGGUUGAAUUUGAAGUAAUUGAUUUUAGUAUCACAUCUGGAUCAUCAUCAACCCUGUCAUCAUCAUCAAGUCGCCGUUAUGAUUCUGGUAUACAUUCAUUAUCAUCUUCAUCGACUGGAAAUGGUUUGAACAUAGUCGGUGUUGGUCAAGCAUCAUCAUCAUCCUCUUCCUCAUCAUCAUCGUCAUCAUCAUAUUUAUCAUCCUUAACAUCCGUUUCAUCUGCAAUGAUUGCUGCUUCUUCCAAUAUGAUGCCGAAUAAUAACACUGUUAUUACUGAUAAUAAGGUUGAAGCAUUUUUAGCUACAUUAUCAAAAUCAUCAUCCAUAUCAAAAACAAACGCAAAUACAAUGAUGAUACGUUCAAAACGUCCACGAAAUAAUUGUAAUGAUGAUAACGAUGAUAAUCAUUCAUUUGGAUUAAUGGAUCGUAAUAAUAAUAAUGUUGAAUCCGAUGAUGAAGAAUCAGAUGAGGAUGAUACAGAUAAUUUUGUUAAUGAACAGCCGAUACGUCAAAGAAUUUUAAUGAAAAUGUCGACAACAGCAACAGAUGUAUCGAAAAUUGUAUCAAUAAAAAAACCAAGAAAACGUCGUCGAAUAUCAACAAUUGUUAUCGAUGACUGAUUGAUAAUUUUGGUUUUUCAGUGCAAUAUAUUUUACAUAAUGCUUUCACAAUUUUCUCUUUCUCUUUUGAAUCGCCUAAAUAAUCU